CGCUAACCCAUAGUUUAACGAAAAAACUCAGAUCGCUAUGGAUAGCUUUUCGUCCCGUCUCGCAUCUGGAUACCGGAUGAAUCUUCAUUUUCAACGGAUUUUAGUGCUCGGGCUGAUAAAUCUAACUAGUAUCUUGAAUAUGGCUUUGGGUAUUCCCAUGAAAGGGAAUGCGUCUAUGAAAACAUUCGGUGUUCUUCGGAAUCAUCCGUCACGAACUGGUGAAAGACCUCCGAUUCUACCGGCACGUUUUUGCAACAACGUCCUGCGUACAGAAAGAGAUCACAGGGAAUCGGCAGCUGCCUUCGCAACAUUGUGUUCAAGAGUCGAAAACCCGGCGAUUGUACGAAGUUCUCCGAGCAGGAUCACGCGGGUAGAAAAAGAGCACCAGCAAUCUUCAGAGGCCAUCAAGCAAUUAUGGCUACGGGAGUGUGAGACCAAUCAGAUACCCUCAAACUUAUAA